UACACACAUGUACAAAUUAAUCACAGGUAGGUUUAAAGCUCUUCAUAAAUGUAUUCAAGACUCAUGACAUAUCAUUACAUAUGAUUACAACUAGGCUAUGUUAAAUAAUGUUAUCUGUUUAUACAACAAUUAUGGAUGCUUCAUAUGAGGCAUUACAGUUGUUGACAUUAAUAAACACUUAAAAUUGACCGUAUAUGUGUCUGCAACCACAUUAUAAUGGGUCAUAAACCAUUUAAUCAUUUUUCAAACACUGCUUAUAAAUGUAAAGUAUAAAGUAAUGGGUGGUGGCCACGGUCAGUUGGUGACCUGUCAACCAACUGCAUGAAGGAAUCGCAACUUCAGUUGAAAUGCAAAUUUCUGCAAGGUACUUUUCUGGGAUAGACCAUAACCCCUAACCUCCCAGAAGGGACAAACCAAAGGAGAACUUAUCCUCGGAGAUCAGUCCAUUUUUACACUAUUAAUAUGAUCAGUUGCCUAGUUAGUCCAGUUUUGUAAAACUAAAAGUUUGAAUUUUCUGGCCUCUGGAACAAUUUGUCAUCAUGAGUGGGCUUUAAAACCACCAGCACACUAGCUGAGUUCAGCAACUUUUAGAACAGCAUACUUUCUCCUCCUUAAACCGCAAUAGUUGAGUUGCCCUAGAGUCAGUUAUUUAACCCCCCCAAAAAAACUCUGGAGACUGUUUCUGUUCUGGACAGUUCCUGUGUCUGAAUUUGUGUAUGAAAUGCAGCCUUUCUUGCUGCCUAUUGAAUUGUUAAGCAAAUCAGUGUUUGUGUUCUUUGUCAAACUGCCUGAUACAAUUAAAUUUGAAGAACUUUAUUGGGUAAAACAAGAUGGAAUUCUAUUUGGAAAGUCAAAUGUGAAUUGGUGUCCCUCCACAUAACCUCAGCAGCAACGUGAAACAUUUCAAAUAAGCUCUGAAAGGACUACCAACACUGUGAACAUCUCCCAGUUUUUUUAACAAAGCAUCUGGACAAAAUAGCUGCAUGUAAUCAAUUGCAGCCGAUCAGUGCAGGUUAAAUAAGGCAAAAUGUGCAGUAUACUGCUCAUAACAACUGAGAUGGACACAACUUAUUACUCUAACACAAAAUUGCUUCUUACACAAAAUGAAGCAUGUGAAGUGAUGGGGAAAUUGUGUGUCACAUUUUGUCAUUAUUAGUUUUUCAGAAGUGUGAACAAUGGGAAUGAGUGACCAAGUUCUUAAAGUUAGUCUCAGAAAGCAAAUAGUAUUCAGGUCAGACUUAAAUGAUCAGACUCUACUCCUCUGAGUUUCACAUCUUUGUCACCACCACCACUAUCAUCAUCAACAACAACAACAACAAAUUUGGUCUCACUAAUGCAGAGCUCUUUUUUAUAGUGACCAAGCACUCUCUCCUGAGGCAUAAAGCCACAGUUAUACCAGUGGCUCUCUCAGCAGUCCCUGCAGUGUGGACUCUGUCCUGCCAUGGGAACGGACAGUUAUUUACUUUAAUUUGCAACAGAAAAGCAAGUGGUGUAUAGUGACUGUUAGGGAAUGUUCUAUUUGGUCUUCUCCUGGCCUGUUUAAGUGGUAAAAGUGUCAUUAUUUAGCCUCUGAAGCUGAGGGGAGAGUGCAAACAAGGCUGUAUGAACCUCUGUCAAGAGCCUACGUUCUUCAGAAGCUCAUUAAGGGCCUCCAGGAGGACAGCACAUCAAUUGGCGGGGCUCUCCAGCUUCCUCUCGGCCUUUUUAAGCCUCUCUCCUCGGAUUCAACUCACUCACCGGCCAACUAACGUUAGAAAUUGACUCAAUUUAGAGCUAGAGUGGGGAUGAAAGAUGUCGCGCUGUGAGGAGGCAUAGGCAACUUAUUAAAACAGCAGGAAAGGCCCUUGGACUUGAGCCAAAUAGGAUCUCACCCUGUCGUGCGCUGACAGGAUUUGGAGAAGUUUGUUGAGAUGCUCUCCUGCUUCGGUCUCUGUGUCAUGGUAAAUUGUUUUAUCCAGUCCUGAAAGCUUUGAUUGGCGUCAGUUUCUGCGCUUGACUGAAUAGCAGACAUAUAAAAGUGAUAUAUUCUCUGUGAGGCUGCCGUUUGGGACUGAAUGUGGAGAUGCAAGGCCGCUUCGUGGACUCCGCAUUAAUACAUUUUGUCAAUGACAUGAACCUGAUGGAGUUUCCGCAGAAGUACACUUUGGGACCAAAACAGCAGGUGGAUGAUGCCCAAUCAAGUCCGGACAACCAGACGCGGCUGAACGACUCGCCCUGGAGCCCGGAUCUGGAAAACGAGCAUCUGGUGAUGGGCUCACCGAGGUACGACAGCUGCGCGGCGGACAGACAUCCCAACAAGUCCAAACGGAGGAGGAUCAUCACCGUGGUCCAGCGGCAGGCGGCCAACGUGCGGGAAAGGAAGCGGAUGUUUAGCCUGAAUGAGGCGUUUGAUGAACUGAGGAGGAAAGUUCCCACUUUCGCCUACGAGAAGAGACUGUCCCGCAUCGACACACUCCGGCUGGCCAUCGUCUACAUCUCCUUCAUGACGGACCUGCUGGAGCAAAAUAGUCAAAACAGUCCAAUAUGAACUUUAUUCCAUGGAGAUUGGAGUGGAUUGAGUUUAACACGAUGUCCGCGAUGGCAAAGACACUGAAAUGGUUGAACUGAUUAACUAUUCUAAAUUUCCAUUCAAAUCAUAUUUAUCCAAACGUUAUAUGGGUCAAUUUCUGAAAUCUUAGAACUAGACAACAGGCAAGAAAUAUUUGAAACCAUUACAGACUUUUUUACAACGAAAAACCCAAAAAACCCUUUCUCUCAGAAAUGUAUAGCAUAAUAUUAUUUUGCCAGUGACAUAAAUUAUUAGACGUGACCUAAACAAGCCGAGAGCACCUCCUCAAAAUAUUUCACUUAUAUGGGAUUUAUUGUUGCCUUGAAAUAAAUGCAUAUGCUAUGAUAAUGUAUGUGUUCUUUGCUCUGCAUCACAGUUAUAAAGAAAACAACAUAAAAUGUAAUAUAAACUCAUUUAGGCCAAUGUAUAGGACUAUAAUGUCAUGCUCGAUUAAUGCCGCUGAUAGUUUUAUGACCUACAUGCAUUUGUUUUAUAGUUUUAGAAGGCUGCAUCCAAUACUGUUUUAAAAGUGUAAAUGUUUGAAACAGCAAUAUUUAAUAUAACUUUCAAUAGAAGAUAUAGACUAUAUGAUGACAUUUUAAGGGGGGUGCUAUGCAAGACUAAAGCUUCAGGUGCGUUAUUUCAGCACCCUGGAGAGCGACACAGCCGCUCGCCUCACCUGGCCUGAUGCAGACAUUGAACAGGUGAGGCUGAGGACAAGGGCAGCUUUAGAGCAAAGAAGAAGAAUGAGAAUAAAUAAGAAAGAUUUAUUGGCCCUUAAAAGCCGUAUCCACCGUGUCACGUGCAAAUGAGUUAAGUUUCAGCGGAUUUCAAUCGCAAAUUCAGGGCUCACUGCAUGACGCUGGAUAUUAUCUUUGGCACUGAGGUGUGAAUUGAGAUGAGAUGGACUCCGGGGAGGUAAACUGAGUGAGAGACCUCUAGAUGUGAUCUCCCUCUGACACAGAGACAGAGAUAUUAAGUGCAGGGAGAUCCAGGCCGAAAGGCCUUUGUGGCGGCUCCUUCUAAUAAAAAGGGACCAGACCGGGCUCUGGCCCUCCUCGUGUGUCACCCUCCCUCUUCAGAGGUGAGGCCUCCCUGUGGAUAAUUCACACCACAGUCCACCUCCAGAAGUUGCCAGAUCUAGUUUCAGCCACAUGUAGAGGUAUCUCUGCUGGAUUUUGAUAUUAUAUCGCGGUAGGCCCCAGACCUGGGUGGUCAUGUGUGCGUGUUUAGAGUGUGUGUGCGAGUGGCUCGCUCUCGCUUUCUCUCCCCAGUCCAUCUUUAUCACCUCCAGUGUUUGCAUUGCGCUCCAGCCGUACACCGCCUUUAGCGACCCCGCUGUGAGCACGGAUCCGCCCCGAGAGCUCCCUGGGACGGCCUGUCUUUUAAACCUGAGCCGCGGUGUCGAGAUCCCUGCGGGAGUCAGACCCAUUUAAGCGCAUACCUCAGCGCGGGGCCGCUGACGGGAAAAUAAACACCACGGUCUGCUUACGAGCGGAGACCUCCUGCUGUGACAACCUCCUGUGUUUCAGUAGGUCUGAUAUUUUUCACCGCCACCACUGCUCCCAUCUCAGACUGUGUCUAGACCUGAACACUUGAGGCCGACAACAGGCUUGUGGAGGAAUUUCUGUUAUGUUCUCCUCUUUGAUUUAUUUGCAAAUGGAAAGAAGUAAAAGCAAGUCCACGCAUAUUAUUAUUGCUACCAUAUUGUCAUAUGGUAGCCACUUUUAAAAAUGCCUUGAAAAUGAAUCAGAAAUAGCAAAAAUGAGUCUGAACAUGAAAGGAUUUCAUUUCUGUCAGUAUUGAUU